AUGAUUCCAGAUACCGAAGUCGGAAAGAUCUCCCGGGUCGGCAUCGUCGGAGCCGGCAACAUGGGCACUACGAUGUCCUUUGGCUUUUGCGAAAAUGGGCUGGAUGUGUCUCUGUGCGAUGCGUCAGGUCAGAACCUCGACCAAGCGCGCAAGAUGGCCGAGCAGACGAAGUCGACGCUCAAGGGCAAAAUCGACCACUUCAAGGACAUUCGCGAAUUCACCAAGAGCCUAGAUACGCAGUCGCGCAAGAUCCUUGUCUUCUCCAUCGCUCACGGCCGGGCCACAGACUUGGUUCUGGAGAAGAUCAGAGGCGACCUGAAGGAGGGCGACAUCAUCCUCGACGGCGGCAACGAGAACUACCGCGACACGGAGCGUCGCCAGAAAGAACUGGAGCAGAGAGGCGUGAAGUGGAUUGGCAUGGGAGUGAGCGGGGGUUAUCAGUCGGCGAGACGCGGGCUGAGUAUGUCUCUUAGCGGUGACAAAGCUGCCGUCGAGUUUGUGCUGCCGCUGCUGGAGAAGCUCUCGGCAAAGUCGGGGAAGGCCGGAAGGCCUUGUGUGCAGUACAUGGGUCCACGGGGAGCUGGCCAUUACAUCAAAAUGGUCCACAACGGCAUUGAGAGCGCUAUGCUGUCUGCUGUCUGUGAGGCUUGGAGCUUCUUGCACAAAUCACUUGGGCUCCCUCAUGAUGAAAUUGGAAAAAUAUUUGAGAAGUGGAACUCGAAGGGAGAACUCAAGAAUACCUACCUCAUCCAAAUUGGUUCUGAGAUUUGUCAGCGAAGGAAAACUCCAGGAGGUGGCGUGAGAGGAGAAGGAAAGGCCGAGGAGGGCUACGUUCUAGAUGAAGUUCUCGACAAGGUUGUAGAAGAUGACGAUGACUCGGAGGGCACCCUCUACUGGAGUGUCAUGGAGGCGGCGGACCGCCACGUCUCGGCGCCCACCAUCGCCGCGGGCCAGUUCUUCCGAGUGGCUAGCGGGAACCGAGCCCAGCGACUGAAAGUUGCCGAGAAGAUGAGCAUUCCCGAGCCCCAACAGGUCGGCAUUCAAGACAAGGACGCCUUGAUCGAAAUUCUCCGAAAGGCUAUCUACGCCACGUUCCUCGCCUCUUUCUGUCAAGGCCUCGAACUCAUUGCGCGUGCAUCCAAGGAUGAAGGCUGGGACGUCAACCUUGGCAAAUGUGUCCAGAUUUGGAGAGCUGGUUGCAUCAUUCAGGAGGAUUAUAUUGCCGACAUGCUCGAGCCCAUCUUGCUGAAUGCGCACGAACCGAUCAUGAACAUCAAACUCAUCGACGAAGUCUCAUCAGACUUGCAGAAAAACUAUAGCUCGCUCAAGGAGAUUGUUCUUAAGAGCAUCCAAUGGGAUAACUACGUCCCCGCUCUUAGUGCAACUCUGGAGUACCUGAAGUACGUGGGCGGAGCAAUGCUGGCAACACAAUUCAUGGAAGCUGAGAUGGACUUCUUCGGCACCCAUUCCUUUGACAGACGGAAUGUGUGGGGGGAGGAUCCCGGAAAGCCAUCCAAGAGUGCUCAGCGGCUCCCGGCGUAA